ACCGUGUUUUGUUGUGGUUUUCCGCUGGUUUUCCGGCAUAGCGGGGCGCAUAUAGAGCUUCUAAGAUAUUCCGUUAGGUGGUCAGUGUGCGUUUUUUGAGCCGUCUAAUUGCUUGUUUUGUAUAGACAUGGACAAUGGUGUUAGCCAAGCUCAGGACCUAGCGGCGUCAGGCUCAGCAAAUGGCAUGAAUAACAGUAGUGAUUUGGAAGCAUCUGCAUGGAUGGAUGCAUCAGCAUCCAAAGAGGAAAGAGAUGACAAUUGUGUUCUGGCUCCAAAAAAUGAGAAUGAAAAGAAAGAUCUUGCUACCAAGCUGGCUGGAGGGGAAGCCGCGGCAGUUGAUGACGGAAGUGACGCUGAUUCGACCACAGGACUGGAGGAAGACGAGUUUCUCGUGGAAAAAAUCAUCGACUACGUCCGUGAAAAUGGUGUCGACAUGUUCCUUAUUAAGUGGAAGGGCUGGAGCCACGCCCACAACACCUGGGAGCCUCAGGAGAACCUGAGCUGUUUGGAGAAGAUGGUCGACUUCUUCAAGGAGCGAGAGCGGGCUCACCAGAGCAAGCGACGGAAGACGGAGCCGACGGCGUCUCGCGAGAACGCCGUGCGCGUAUUCGAGGAGGAGCACUUCCAGCUGACGCAGGCGCAGCUGGAGCAGCAGUUCUCCCGACACUGCGUCAACGGCCAACUGAAGUUCAAGGAUAAAAUGAAGCCCAUCACAACUGUGCACAUGGAGAUCGAGUCGUUCGUGCGGCGGACGGGCGUCAAGGCCACCACCCUGAAGGCGCUACGCAAGGUGCAGCAGCUGAAGGACCAGCUGCUGAUGCACCGGCUGACUCGGGCUCGCGAAGAGCAGAUGGUCAAGCUGAAGCUGUGGGAGAAGAAGCUCAACGACCUGUGCUCGGAGCCGGCCAAGCUGGUGGUGGAGAACUCGGUGGACCUGGCGCUGCCACCAGAGACGUUCAUCUACAGCAACGACUACGUGCCGGGCGACGGCGUCACCAUCCCCAGCGAGCCGGUGAUCGGCUGCGAGUGCGAGCGCUGCUGGUCGGGCGCCGCCUGCUGCAGCGCCAAGGCCGGCGCGCCGUUCGCCUACACCAAGAGCGGCAAGCUGCGGCUGCAGGUGGGCCAGCCCAUCUACGAGUGUAACAAGGUGUGCCGGUGCGGUCCCGACUGCAUCAACCGGCUCGUCCAGAGGGGACGCAAGGUGAAGCUGGCCAUCUUCCGAACGGCCAAUGACUGCGGCUGGGGCGUCAAGACGCUGGAGCCGAUCAAGCGCGGCUCGUUCGUCACCGAGUACGUGGGCGAGGUCAUCACCAACGAGGAGGCCGAGCGGCGCGGCGAGCAGUACGAUUCGGUGGGCGUGACCUACCUGUUCGACCUGGACUUCAACGACCAGAUCAACCUGUACACAGUGGACGCAGCUGUAUACGGCAACGUCUCCCACUUCAUCAACCACUCGUGCGAGCCGAACCUGGUGGUGUACGGCGUGUGGUCGGACUGCCUGGACCCGAACCUUCCGCGGCUGGCGCUGUUCGCCUGCCGCGACAUCGGCCGCGGCGAGCAGCUCUGGUUCGACUACAACUCGCCGCUCGGCAGUAACGCCUCGGCCGCCCAGCUGCACAGCCCGACAGCAGAUGGCACCCCGGGUCAGUGAUCCCGAGGUCCUGUAUGUCGGCUGUGAUUCAGCUACGCGUCGAGCGGUCGGGCUUUUUCCAAAACACUUCUUCACGCAGAGCAAGUGCAAGCAAGGACAAGUGCUCCAAAAUCAACGCCAGCGCUGUUUGUGAGCGGACAGUGAAGAUGACCCUCACCCCAAACGUCUUCGGUAGGCCCGCGCAAAGCUGAUGCGAGACGGGCUCGAUUUGCUGCCAUCGGCACAC